AUGACGCAUGUCAAACGCGACCAUCGCAUGGAUAUUGAUGUUCACGAAGGACAUGAGCAUGGUGGUGUGGAUGAUGACGUGAGAGCUAACUUUGAUUACAGCAUGGAAGUUGGUGAAGAAGCGCAAACGAGCGGUGCACCGCCACAUUCGUCCUCGUUCAGUGCGGAAUCAACAUCAGAGGAACAUCGUUCACAGGAUCCAACUGAAGAUAACUUUUCCGACUCCAGCUCGUUUUUGAGACAGAUGCGUAAGCACAUCGCUAUGCUGUACAUGAAGGCAACGGAGGUACACAGGAUGCCACGCACCGUAAUGAUGAACCUAUUCGAUGACUUCCGGAUCUUUCUGCAACUCUUUCUUGGUUUUGUCCAACGUCGUUUAAGACAUCUUGCAGCGGAAGACAUUCAACGAGAUGUGUAUGAUCAGCUUGUGACCCUCCUCUCAACCGACUUCUUGGAUAUGUUGUGGUCACCAAUCAAGAGCAAUCACAUGUACACAAAAUAUGUGAAGGAAUCACUGCCGUACACAGAGCCUCAAGAGCUCCGUAUCAGUGGAGUCCCCCAACGUCACACUUUGUACUAUGUACCCAUUGGCAAUGUUCAGAAAAGUAUGCUUACUUCUGAUGAUGCAGUUGAUAAUGUGCUGGGCACAUGUCACGAGCCUAGAAGCCAUGAUGUCCUCACCGAUGUCAUCGAUGGUGACUAUGUGAGGGAGAAAGCAAUCUUACACAGUUCUGAUGUGGAUACAAUCAUCAUUGUUUUGUACACAGAUGAGCUGGAACUUGUCAGUCCCCUUGGAUCAGCCACCGGUGUACAUAAGAUUCUUGCUGCGUAUUUCUCAGUACUCAACUUGCACCCAAAGUAUCGAUCAAGGCUCAGUGCCAUCCACCUGGUUAUGCUAGUCAAGUACGCGCAUGUUAAAACAUUCGGGAUCGAAAAGGUACUUGACCCACUUAUCAAAGACAUUAUGAAGCUGCAUGAAAGUGGGAUUGAAGUUGUUUGUGAUGGGGCAACAAAACGGCUGAAAAUUUUCCUUUUGGGCAUCGUUGGUGACAACCUCUCACUUAAUCGUAUUGGUGGCUUCAGCAGCUCGUUCGGAAGUGGACUUUUCUGCAGGUUUUGCUUGACUGAUUCCAAACGAAUAAAUGAGGUCACGAGCGAACGUGACUGCAAUGUACGUACAGCACCUGCACAUGAAGAGCAUGUUGCUGCUGUUGAGGCUGACAGCACAAAGUCAAAGAUUUGUGGCGUGACUGCGAGGUCACCGCUGCUACAAAUUCCAGGCUUCGAUGUCACACAACAGCUGUUACCGGAUGCGAUGCAUGACAUCCUAGAGGGCGGCAUUGCGUUUCUCCUCAAGCAUGUGCUGAAGUCACUUGCGGUCUCAGAAGUAAUCACUGCCACCAGCCUCAGUAUUGUAAGCACAUUUAAGUAUGGCUUUCAUGACUCGAAAUCAAAGCCUGCUCCGCUGCCUGCAUCUUUUUUGACUCCAACCGGUAGCCUCCGAGGUACGGCAAGUCAGAAUUGGUGUUUGUAUCGCUUGCUGCCGCAGAUGAUUGGUCAUCUGGUGCCUGAAGGGAACCCAGCCUGGGCAGUGUAUUUGCAGUACCGGCAUAUCGUUGAUAUUAUCCUGGCGGGCAAAGUUCCGAAAGACAGCACUACAUACCUCGAAGUUGAGAUUGAAGCCUUCCUGAAAAAGUUUAUGGAGGUCUUCCCGGACAAGAAGCUGAUUCCGAAGAUGCACUUCCGUGUGCAUUAUCCUCGGUUUAUGCGCAUGUAUGGUCCACCACGAAUGUUUUGGAGCAUGAGAUUUGAAUCUAAGCAUUCAUACUUCAAAAACAUUGCUACAAAGUCUAAAUCAUUUGUCAACAUUUGCAAAACAAUGUCGAACAGAGGACAACUACUCCAGUGCUAUGAAUUCUCUGCACCAACUUUUGCAAAACCACUUGUGACCGGCACUCAGAAAUGUAUGCUGUCAUCAGAACUCCCACAGGCGGCGAGGUCAAUCCUCCCAGAUACUCUCGUUCAAGGCGCAAGCUUUGAGAGUGUGCAAUCAGCAAGCCUUGACGCUAGUGCGUACAGAGUUGGUGAUAUGUACUGUGUUGGUUGGGAAGAAGAGGCUCCCGUCUUUGCGCAAGUGUUUCUGAUGUUAGUUCACAGCGGAACACUUCUGAUUCUUGUUCAGUUGUUCGACACGCUCCAGUUCAAUGAACAUAGGCACAGUUAUGAGGUGCAACGCUCAAGUGUGUACAGCCUUCUACCCCCAGGACAGCAUCCAGAGUACAGUGCUAUGGACUUGUACAAGUAUAGUAGCAUCAGUGAGAAUGCCCUCACGAAGGACGGAUCCACGUUUAUCUGGAGUGAAGCCCAGCAACAGUCGUUGGAUGAACUGAAGACGCGUCUACAGACCGCACCCGUGCUUGCCCACUUCGUUCCAAACGCCGGAACAGAAAUACACACAGACGCCAGCAACGAUGGUCUAGGAGCGGUGCUCGUUCAACUGCACGACGGCGUUGAACGUGUCAUCGCUUACGCGAGCAGAACGCUAACCAAGGCAGAGAGGAACUAUUCGACGGCCGAAAAAGAGUACCUUGCACUCAUAUGGGCCAUCCCAAAGUUGCGUCCCUACCUGUACGGACGACCGUUCAAGGUGGUAACAGACCACCAUUCUCUGUGCUGGCUGGCUGGCUGGUUUACGGGACCCCUCAGGACGCCUAGCGAGAUGGAGCCUCCGAUUACAGGAAGAUGA